AUGAACGACUCGAAUCCCCUCCCGACUGGACUGUUGGAACGCGAAGCCGACGAGCUUGUGCGCACACCGUCGCCUCCUUCGCCCUCGCGAGCGCUUCCACUGCCUGGGCUUCCGGAGCCGACGCUGCACCUCGGAUCGUUUUCGCACAUGCAAACACAGGUCCAGACGUUGUCCCCGCGACGGGCCUCUCCCCCCAGGGACCCCCCUGCGCUGAGUUCUGUCCCAGAGCUCUCCCGCCCGCCCCUUAUGUUCAGCGCCGAGGACCUGCUUAACAAUCCUGCCGACUCGCGCUACCCUGCCCCCGCACAGCCGCCGAUGCAGCCGGUCAUGGCAGCCAUCGAGGAAGUCUGUGUCGAGUGCAUGAUGCGUGACCGCGAUAUGGCCGACGUCGAUGUCACCAGUCCAGGCAUCUGGGCCCGAGAGUCGGAUGUGUGGUACGAGGAGCUGGUGCGCAGAGAAGAGGAAGAAAUGCGUUCUGGGGUGCUGCCAGAUCCCCAGCGACGACGAACACCGGCGCGAGGGACCCUACUGACCGAAGCCAAUCUGCGCAUAUGGACCCAAAUGCACCCCAAGGAACCCCAGGCACGGUGGAUCACGCUUACGGACUUUGUGCGCAAACAGGCUGCUCUGCUUGAGGCCGAACAUCAUGCACGUGCUCAGGCGGCCCGCGAGUCUCGUAUGCUCGAUAGCCGUCUGCGGGAUACGUACCAGCAGCUUCGUCGCUCGGCCUAUGACCUCAACGAUGGGCCCGUGCGUAUUCGGGCGCCCACAAACCCCGAACAAGAUUCGCCCUUUUUGGCAGUUCAGAAUCCCUCCCGUGACAUUACCGUGCUCGCCAGCGGCAUGAUCCAGGAGCGAGUCGACCUGCGCAAGGAGGAGAGAGAGCGCAAGCGCGAGUCCAAGCGUCACCGUCGCAUGGCUUCUCGACAAAGCAAGAAUUCGGCCACUAAUGUUGACGCAACCUCUGUUUAUUCAUCGCCCAGUCCACCUCCCGACGGCGGCAGUCGCAUGGGUGCCAUGGGCAGGUCCCAGCCAGCCCUCACAACCCCCGUUAGCCCUGGCCGCCGCUUAUCUACCCCGCUUACUCCCCCGCUUGGCACCCCUGGUGCCCGCCCUUCUAUUCACACCCGUUCAUCACAGAGUUCGUUUGAGAGUCGUGCUGGCAAAAAGGGCUUCCUCAGCUUCAAGCACUGGAGUGGUUUCGGUAGCGAGGCCAGUUUCGGUCCUGCCGGCGCCAACGGCGCCUACCGGGGCUCGGUAUAUGACAGCGUGGCCGAUAUGCAUCUGGUACUCGAUCAGGAGAAACAAGGAACUCGCAUGCCAUAUGACCAAAUGUCACUUGCCCCGUCAUAUGCCACAGGCGCUGACGGCACGAUCCACGCUGAUCAACCCGGUGAAAAGAAAAAGAAACACAAAGGCCUUACCAAGAUCUGGAAGAUUGUCACGGGCUCAAGCAGCAAGGACAAAAAUAUCGCGGUUCAUGAGAAGCAACAGCUCGACGACGAGCCUCUCGCUCCACCUCCACCGUUGUCAUACCUUGUUGCCAGACAGGGUGGUGACCGUGCCGGUGGUGGAGCCGGUGGAGCACGAGACUUGGACAGGCGAGCCUCGACUCCCACCAGUUCGAGCCGUUCCGCUGCCCCUAUGAGCCCGGCUACUGCUCCAUCCAGUAUAUUGCCUAGUCCAACAUCUCAGCGAUUCCCAUGGCGUGACAGUGGAAGCGAUGAAGAUCGAGGCCCGCGAGAAAAGUCUGGCAAGGAUGGCGCUUAUCUCGAAGUCCCAUCUCCGAUGUCCAUGUCUACCGUCUCUCCAAACGGGCCUGUUGGCCGACGCAGUUUCAGCACCGGCACUGCUAUCUCUCCUAACCGACCUGCUUCGCUUUUCAACACCAACAAAUCGCUUCCGCCGCUUCCCACCGAAGCAUUUGCCCGUGGCAACGGCCGACCGACGAUGGACGCUCGGCCGCAGACACUGGCCGCAUACGCCCCUCGCCGGUCGGACUUUAACAUGAGUGCUGCGUUCAGCCAGGAGCCGCUAGUCGCGCCCCGUGCACCGUUUGGCACCGAGACAAGGAGACAGUCGUUUGGGGGCACGGCCGCACGGCCCGAUCUCGACGGUCCCCUUGUACCCCCACCUCGUAUUGGAGCUCGAUACGAUGAAUUUGGCGCGUCGCGAAGGUCUCUCGGAAGCCUCGAUAACCGCUAUACCCUGGGUGGAAAACCUGAAUCUACAAAACGAGGAAGUAUGGGAAGACGGUUGGCGUCAUUCCUCACGGGUGGGAAUAAGAAACGAGAAGAUUGGGAGCCCCACUUUGGACGGAACAGCGAGCAGCAUCCUUCGUAUCCUGGUCCUGGCCAGUUUACACAUCGCGAGGUGGACGGUUCAUUAAGCGAAUUGGAGGGAUCAGAUCCUGAUCCCGCAUUGCAGACGCCCACUGCGGGGUAUGCGCGGAGUAUGACCGUCUCGGGAAAACGCUUGGAUGCGGUUCCGAUGGAUGAUUUUGUUGCCAUUCGGUAUCCAAGUGCCGAGUGCCAGAGUUUGGACAUGUGA